CCACCCACGAACACCAGCAGCCACAACCAUUCGCCAUCAGCUCCCGAAGCCACUACUAGUAGCACACUAGCUUAGCUGCACACAACUCUGCCCUUCUCUUCUCUUCCUCAGACAGCCCAGCCCAGUGUGCGUAGUUUAAGCAGGAAGCCGAGAUCAAAAUGACGAGACGCUGCUCGCCGCCGCUCGCUGCUCUUGUCCUGCUUCUCCUCCUCUGCUUCUCCUACGGCGUGGCGGCCGCUCGGCCCCUCCCCGCCAACACUGCUCCUCACCAAGGCAUCGGCGUGGUGAGAGUCAAGGCGGAAGAUGCUGCAGCAACGGACGGCCUAGUGGUGCUCAAGGAGGAAGGUGGCAAGGCCGGUAAUGGCGGCGAGGCGGUGUCACCGUCUGAGGCGACGGUGGACGAUGCGACGGCAGAGGAGGAGGCGUGCGAGGAGGGGAAGGAGGGGGAGGAGUGCAUGCAGAGGAGGCUGCUCCACGACGCGCACCUGGACUACAUCUACACGCAGCACAAGGGCAGGCCAUGAGCGUGGCAUGGGCUAGCUCUUCCGUCGAGGUCGAGUAGACGAUGCUGGGCAUUAAGUUGACACAAGGAAUCAUCUGACGACGAUCAUGGUGAUUUUAAUCAUAUCUUAUCGAUCUACCUGCUGCUGUUUUGGCUACACCCACCGUGCCGUGGCCCGUCCAUCUAUGCGUAUGUGGGUGUGCCACAUCGUCGUUUGUACAUCGAUCCAUCCAUCCCUCGCUCGCUAAUAGUCUAAUACUACUAGUAUACUACUGUAGUGCUGUACUCCUUCUUCAAGUAUGUUUGUUUUCCUUGUUGCUGGCUUGCCACAUACAGUAGCUCCUAGUGCUGUUGGGACUUCCAUGUGGUGGUAAGCUGACGGUGAUCUAGCUCUUGCUUGCUAGCAGCAGCAUGCAACGCAAAGCUGUUUUAGUUCCUGAUGACUAGUUUAGGAUUGGUUAGUAGACUACUACUUAGUACUUUAUUAGUGUUGAUGAUUGAUUGGCAUGGCAUGGCAUGGCAUGAUGUGAAGCUGUGGACGAGUGAACAAGCGCGUAUCCGUACUUCUGUUGUUUA